AUGCAAUUCGCACUCUUCCUCGUCCUUACCGCGCUGACGAUGACCAUGGCCGAAGAUAUCAUCAGGCCCAUCGACUUUACGGCAGUUGCACCUUGCGCAGUGCGGUGUCCUGCUCUUAUCGUCGCUCAAGAGCACUGCAUGGGCGUAGUUCCUACUAUCUCUGACCAGAAGGCUUACGAUGCUUGCUUCUGCGACUAUCCGCAACUCGAGGACCUGCGCAACAACGCCGAUCGCCGCCACCCUUACCUCGACCUUGCAGUCAGCUGCUGCCUCAUCAUCAACUUCGGAGCCAAUUUUAACUCCCACUUCGUCGCCGCUUACUUUGAUUUCCACUCUCUCCUCGCCGGUGACAUCGGCCGUCACCUCCUCAUCGCUCUCGUCGGCCUUGAUCUCCUCUUUGAAGCUUACUUCAACACCUUCCUCCUCUUCGCCGCCUUCUCAGGCAUUAACAACUUCUUUGGUGGCAACCCAGCCAACAACGCCUCAUACCUCUUCACCGCCAAAAGACCAUGGAGCUAA